GCACACUUUUUCAAAUCCAUUUCGAAACAUCUAGGAAAGCACAAUCAGAAGUAUCUCUGUCAAGGUCUGUAUAUUGGACAUAUUUUUGAAUCUAUGGGUGCUGCAGUUAAAGGGAAAAAGUAUGAAGCCAGAUACUGGCUAUACUACUUAUCCUCCAAAGGAGAAAAUAGAGCUAGUGCUAGUGCCACUGCAGAAGAAAGCUCAUCAGACAAUGUUCCACUCAUCAAUUUCGCAAAGACUGCCAAGAGAAAGCAUGUGGUGUCUCCCUCUCCAAGUGUUGAAACACCACAGAACCUUGCUUUGAUCUGUUUGGAAGAGGAAGAAGAAGAGAAGGAACCUGCUGAGGAAACCUCUACUCAAAACCGGAGCCCUCAACAACUUGAAGAAGAAAUUCCUCAAGUCCAAAGCCUUCCAACCUCAUCACCUCAACCUCAAAUAGAUGAUGCAGAUAACCAAUUCUGGCAGCUCUACUAUGAUUGGAAAGCUUGGAAAGUUGGAAAUUCAGUAGAGCAACUGUUGAAUUGGGACCAACAACUGAAGAAUGAGAAGAUCAUCAAGAAGUGCUUAGGAAUAGCAGUCAACCACAACUGUGAACAAAUUUUGGAUGACUACUGGGUAUGGCGAAGGAAUCCUGAAAACUUGCAUCUGGAAUACCUGGCCAACACACCAGUUUCAGACUUUGAAGCAGAUGAUGAAGAUCCUGCAGUCUUCAAGUCAGUCUUCUCAAAAGACACAGAAGAUCAAGUGGUUUUCACUUCUGAAGCACAAGGUGUUUUGGAAGCAGCAGCUGAAGAUUUCCAAACACUUCCGGAAACCUCAAAUGUUUCUAAAAUGGUUCUAACUGAAGUUGUAGAAGAGAAGGCAACCUCUCCCCCACAAGAACAGAACCAGGAAAUAGCAGAAGAAGAAGAAUUUCAGCAAUUAAUCCAAACUCAAGUUUUGGAGAUUCUCACCACUCCUUGUGAGAUCUCCAAUCCUACUGAAAUUGAGAUCCCGGAGAAGUCAGCAGAAAUUCCGGAACAGUCAGCUCUUCCAGAAACAAUGGAGCAAGCUGUUGAAGCACAAAGAAAUUCUCGAGAAAAGGAAACUCAAAUGGCAGAACUAGAGGUCUCUCAAACUCCAGUAGCCAUUUUUGAAGAACAGAAUGCAGCUGAAGAAAGAGACUCCCUCUGUAGGGAUAUAUCAAAUUUUGCGCUUGAUGAAGCAGAAGGAGAGUCUGAAAGAACACUGAAGGUUACUGAUGAAGAAGAUGUACAAGAAGAUGCUGAAUCUCUUCCUAUGCAACUCUUCCAAAGAACACCAUCCUCUCAUCAGAAGGUCCAAGGGCUGAUUGAAUCAGCCCUAGCAUCUCAACAUGCCUCCUUUAGGCAAGAGAUAGAGCAAAUGGAAGUCAGGUACACCCAGCUCAUAGAGAAAUCUGAAGGAAAACACAGCGCAGAUCUCAAAGAAAUAAGCAAAUCAGUGCACAAGACUCUGGAGAUUAUCUCUCUAUUGAGUGGAACUGUGAGCAACACGAUGGAAAUAUAUGCCUCUGACAGUCAACUUCAACUCAAAGAGAUCAACAAAGUCAAAGAGCAAAUAGCGAGUGUCAUAGUUAGUCUCCAAAAACAGAUGUCCCUUCUCCAAAUGGACAUCAGAUCAGCCCUAGCAGUAGCUUCUGCAAAUCAGGUAGUGACCAAAGACUACUUGAAGGUGAUCAUUGACAAUCAAAAGGAAGCAUACAAGCUGUUUAGACUUAUUGGCGCAAAUUCUGGAAACCGCAAGAUGGAAGUAACUCUCCAACAACACAGUCCAUCUCCAAUACCACAGCUCCCUAUUGCAGUCAAAGAAGGAGAAGUAUCUUAUAUUCCUUCUCAUCUGAACAUGACAAAUCUAAUCCUUGAAGCACAGCAAAGAAAUCCGGAAAACUCAGCACAACAUCUAUCCAGCUAAGGACUGGAUGGAACAAAAUUUAUAGGGGGAACUUAACUAGUUUUGGCUAAUAAUUGUUUUGGCUAUGA